GCCUGGUUCUAGAAUGGAAAAUAAAGCCGGUCGACACCUUCACACUGUAGUAGUUUUGCCCUUCGCCACUCUGGAUGUGACCAUGACAGUCACUCAGCAUUUAGUAGAGUAGCUUCGUUGGAGAGCUGGAUCCUGGGUCUUGCUAAGUUGCUGAUGCUGACUUUGAACUUGUGGUCCUCCUGCUCCUCCUCUCAAGUUGCUGGGAUUACUGGUGUGCACCACCAAGCAGAGCUCAAAACUGUUUUCAAUUGUAUCUCCCUCCCGACUAGAGCUAGUCUUCCAGGAACCAACAAUGCUGCCCAAACCUGGGAUCUAUUACUUCCCCUGGGAGGUCAGUGCUGGCCAGGUUCCUGAUGGGGGCAUCCUGAGAACAUAUGGCAGGUUGUGCCUCUAUGACGUGACCCAGUCCAGGGUGACCCUGAGGGCUCAGCACGGGUCUGAUCAGCACCAGGUUCUUGUCUGUACCAAGCUGGUGGAGCCGUUCCAGGCCCAGGUGGGCUCCCUGUACGUGGUCCUUGGGGAGCUGGAGCACGAGGAGGAUGGCGGUUACGUGGUGAAGGCCCGGCUGCUGACCUGUGUGGAAGGGAUAAAUCUGCCUUCCUUAGAACAAGCCAUCCUGGAGCAGCGGCUCUACCAGCAAGAGAGAGGCAGCAGCCAAUAGGAAGUGAGGACGCCAGCAGCCCCCCCACCUACUCCUGAGGCCAAACCUUUGAGCUGCCAGAGCCACUGCAGAAGUGUAGACGCUUCCCUGAAUGACAGCGUCUGACUGGAGCCAGAGAGUAGAGGGGCAGGGUGGCCAAUCCAGCCUCUUCCUCUAUGUUGGGAUUGUUCCAGAAAUGAGAGCCUAGGAGCCGGUGUCAAGGUCUGACACCCCUACCCUCCAGGAGGCUCCAGACAGUGGCGCUCCAAGGCCCUGGGGCUAUGCCUCGCAUGGGGUCACAGAGGGUUCCAGAAGAUCCUCCCGAAUAAAGGCCCGGUGGGCAUGACCUC